GGUCACUUACAACCGCACCGUCAGUCUAUGGGGCACCAUCCGCCGUUGGGUCCGUUCGUCGUCGUCGUAGUCUUGUGUCGGUGUUCAAUAGGUUUUUUGUUUGUUUCGUUUUCCGGUUCAAGCGAAGUCCGUUUUUCUAAAACGUGAGUAGUUCAACGCGAGUAAUGUUCAGUGGCGAUUAGCGUGCGGGUCGAGGCCCAUCGAACCAAGUGCGUCCACGGUUUCGUGCGAUGAUACGUUGAGAGUAUCUAGUAAAUAUAAUAAUAAUAACGAAACAGGUUUAUCUAAAGUUUCGAUCGUCUUUGAUUUAUUCUUGCAUGCGGAAACCCUACACCCUGUAUUGCCGGCUAUAACACAACGAGUUCUGUAAUAGUAAUGUGACGCGAGGAACGUAAGAACCUAUAGCGAACGCUUACAAGUAUUUAGUUUACCUACGUGUUUUGUCGUCGGGCCAAUUCGCGUGUUAACCGUAGCUCGUCGUGUCGCACGCAGCGACCUCGCUCGAUUUUGCAAUAAGAAACCGCAUACUCACCUUUAAUCAUCAUGAGUAUGAUGAUGCAAAUGAGACCGUCCGACUCGACGCCGAUUUGCAGAUGCCGGGUAUUGUACUUGGGCUCGGCGGUGCCGCACAUUACCAAAGACGGCCUGCAGGGUAUUCAGGAACCGCUCAAAGAACUGUACCCCGAGCAGGGGGCGUUGGGGGCUAGGGGUAUCGACUCCUGGCUCAGCGUGUGGAGCAAUGGCCUUCUUUUGGAAAACGUGGACGAGAACCACAAGAAAAUCACCAGGUUCUUCCCCAUCGAGUCGCUGCACUACUGCGCGGCCGUCAGAUUCGUGUUGGUACCAGAAAAGUCCAACAACUCGUCGCAACCGAGAUUUUUGCCGUUGGACUCUCCGUUCGCGAGGUCACCGAAUCCCAACCACCCGCCGCUUUUCGCCGCCAUACUGCGCCGGACUUCCGGCAUCAAAGUGCUCGAGUGUCACACGUUCAUAUGCAAACGCGAAAUGGCCGCGAACGCUCUGGUCCGGUGCUGUUUCCACGCUUACGCCGACUCGUCGUACGCCAAGCAAGUGGACACAAACGGCACCAACGGCAGUAGCAUAUACGGGACGUUGCGCACGAACCGGUCGAUGGGCAACAAUACCAUAGAGAAAGUGGAGGGCUGGAGGCGCAUGACCAACGCCGGCAGUACGUUGACGUUGAACAGCGCCCACUCCAACGGCAUCACCACGCUGGAGGCGUCCACCAACUCGAUCGACGACUUGUCAGAGUGCAAUGGAGACGAAAACCAUAAAGUUUGGGUGGGCAGCACCAAAGAUAUAUCGGAAAAAGACGAUAUAUACACCGGGGGGAACACCAUGCGCAGCUCGCGUUCCAGUCGGCCCCGGCAGAUUGUAGGCGCCGCGCCACCGCCGCCGCCACCACCGCCGGUUAGGGAUGAAAAGGCGUCCAAAAAGAAUAAGGAACGACCCCGCCGUAAGAGAACUCCGACGGGCAGUGGCGGCGGCAGCCGAGAGGACCUCUACUCGUUGUCCGUGAACGGAGGGUCGUUGAUGAGACCCAUGAACGGUCGAAGCUCGGUGUCUUUGAACGGCACCAUCGUCAGCAGGGGUCCGCCCAAAGGGUUUAUGUCACCCAUACCGCCGCCUCCGCCUCCGCCAAAUCACAUUUAUUCGAACGGCACGAUGAUGAGGCCCAUGAACGGUUUUCAUCAUCAUCAUCCCGCGAUGAUGCACCCGCCUCCGCCACCGCCGCCGUUAAUGAUGGUGCCCACCACGCUGCCGCACCCCAAAAAAAUGCACAAAAUGAAACCGGGCAUGAUGCCGGUUCCCAGACCAGGAAUGAUGCCUCCGAAUUUCAUGCCGAUGCCCAUGUACGUGCACACGGGGGGCAAGAAGCCCAAGCACAUGCAAGCCAUACCCAUGCCAUUAGCGAUGGAAGAACCGAUUUACAUGCCUUCGGCCCGACCAUUGAGCCCGAUCGCGUCGUACCAACCGGAGCAUUUCCCGCACGAGGCGUAUCUCAUGCAGCAGUACGCCAACAACAACAACAACAACAACGGGCCGUUACCGACGAAAAACAAAAAAGACAAAAAGAACAAGAAAAAAGACUCGGUUAGCAACGGCGGCGUUCCGGUGCCCCAGCUGGCCGUCAACGGCAACCGGGUCAACGGCAACGGGGUGUCCCACGACGAAACCGACGACACUGAAGAGUCGGUGUACAACACUGGCAUCUACCGGCGCAAGGGUCACCUGAACGAGCGCGCGUUUUCGUACUCCAUCCGGCAAGAGCACCGUUCCCGGUCAUACGGGUCGUUGGCCAAUUUGAAAUUUGCCGCACCCCCGAUCGUGCCCAACGGCGUGGACGGCGUACCCAAAACCGACAUUAAAAAAGAAAGAGAAAUCAUGCAGAUGAUGCAGGAUCUAGAGCUCUCCGGCGACGAACUGGACAGAGUCGACCAAGUGGUACACCAGAACAAAAUGCAACAGCGGCCCAUCAAAAGCAAAAGAUAAUCGUCCAGACGUUCAUUACGAAGAGCAUACCAGUCCACUUCUUAAAAGGUUCACUCCUCGGUAUAACACAUAUUAUACCAAACAUGGCCAACAUAAGCAAUUAUUAUCGUCGAGUAUUUUUAUAAUUAUAAUUUUAUUUUUAGAAUUAUGUAAAGAAUAUUAUAUACGGUUAGUUUUUCGAACAAAACCGAAAACAAUUGUUUAGUACUUAUGCUUAUUUUGUUUUAUUAUUGUUGUUAAAAUAAUUAUUAUUAUUUUAUUAUUGUAAUAGCCACUUGUGUCUAAUAAAAUACUUUAUUUUGUGUAUAGAGAUAGCCACGUUUUUUGGUUCCACAGUUAAGCCUUCUACACUCUUGACUAAUAACUCAACUUAUUUUUUUUCUCUAUUUUUUCCCAAGUUACGUAUCUAUCAUUUUUAAUUAUUAUUUAUGUCAAAUGUACUUAAUUCACACAUAUUUUACACCUUUAUUGUUUUUGUAAAUAUGUAUUGGUUAAUAACAUUAAUUUUAUUUUAGUAUAACUUGCUCAAUAAUUCUUUUUUUUUAUUACUAAAUUUACAACUAUUAUAGUAUUUGUCCAUGAAUUACUGUACAAAAGCGUUGGUCGUACACCGCAUACCCAAAACGUACCCUUUAAGAAACUAAAAGAAAUUGUAAAACUGUGGACACGUUAUUGCUCUGUGGGCCCAAUUAAACUGUUUGUAAGAUUUAAUACACCAAGAGAGUUGUAUCGAAAAAAUAAUAUAAGAUAACACAUAAUUAUUAUUUUUAUUAUUAUCGAAUCAUUGACUGAUGUAAUGGAUAGGGAUUGCGUGCCAUUUUAAUGCUUACAAAAAAAAAAGAAAUGGUAGUAAUUUGAUUGUAUUACUUAAUAUUGUAUUCCAUUAUUUUAUUAUGAUUUAUGACUUAGGAUAUAAAUCUCUGUUAUUAAAAAAGAUGUUAAAUAAAAUAUAUUUUAAUUUUGCGAAUAGUA